AUAGCGACGCUUCUGUUGAAGCCUCUCCGGGAUGCCAUAUCGGACGGCGACCGUAUCCAUGCGGCGAUUCGAGAGACUGCUGUUAACCAAGACGGAAGGACGCCGACUAUAACAUCACCAUCAUCAGACGCUCAAGUAGAAUUGAUCCGAGCUUGCUAUAGCAAAGCCGGGUUGGAUCCCGGAAAGACGCCCUAUGUCGAAGCGCACAUGACCGGAACUCCAACGGGGGACCCAAUCGAAGCGAGCGCAAUCAGCCGUGUCUUUGCAAAAAGCCGAAGCGUCGGCAAUCCAGUCCUGGUGGGGUCUAUCAAGACCAACCUGGGACACCUGGAGGCAGCAAGCGGAAUAGCGGGUGUUAUCAAAGCCAUCAUGAUGCUCAAGCAUGGAUUCAUCCCUCCUAAUCUGAAUUACGAUCAAACGAACCCCAACAUUGACUUGAAAGCACUGGGCGUCCGUGUUGUCACCAUGGGUCAGGAAUGGCCCAAAGACAUGCCAAGACGCAUCUCGGUCAACAAUUACGGUUACGGAGGAACGAACGGCCACGUAAUCAUCGAUGCGGCAGUUGAGCACGUCCAUGAACAUACCGCAGCAGCUGAGGGGACUGAUCACCCUAGGCUUGUCGUUAUGAGCAGCAAAGAUUCAGCUGUCACUGAAAGAAUGCUCGAGAACCUAAAAGACUACCUUGAGACUCGAAAAACUUCAGAUCAACCAGUCAGACUCCAUGACCUUGCCUACACUUUUCAAGCCCGACGGACACAGUUCCCGUGGAGAGUGGCCAUAUCAUGUAUCAACUGCCAAGAAGAUCUCAUCAAGGCUCUUGACGACCCAAUGAGGAGGGCCGUGAAACUGGCAAAAGGAGUUCCUCGUGUCGGUUUCGUUUUCACCGGGCAAGGUGCUCAAUGGCAUGCCAUGGGACGAGAGCUCAUCUCCACCUAUCCCAUCUUUCAAAAGUCUCUUCUCCAUGCUUGCGAUGUCUUGAGAGACUAUGGAGCGGACUGGUCUCUCAUAGAAGAGCUACAACGCGACGAAAAGUCUACACGCGUCAACGAGCCUCGGCUUGGUCAGCCUGUUUGUGUUGCUCUUCAGGUCUGCUUGGUUGAUCUUCUCAACUCUUGGGGAAUUCAGCCAAGUGGCGUCACCAGCCAUUCAAGCGGUGAAAUCGCCGCGGCAUACUCAGCCGGCGCUUUGACGUUUGAGGAAGCCUUGGGUGUGGCCUACUUUCGAGCUUACCUGGCUGAGAAGCACCAGGCUGCGUCUAGCUGUCCUGGAGGUAUGAUGGCCGUAGGGUUAGGUGCCGAAGAUGCAUUGUCC